UGGGGGGGGAGAAAAAAAACCCGCUCAGCUUGCCCGUGAACGAGCCUUAAUCGUCUCUUCAUUCACGCCACGUGUAUUAUCGGUGUUCAUCUUUUUUUAUUUCUGGACCACCACAUUUUAUUUUUUUUCCCACGGCGGGAAGGAGCACUAUGAAUAUACAGUAACAACAACGCCAAGAAGCUCCUACAUCAGGAUGAAGGGAAGAACAGACACACCACAGGACAGAGGCUGUCUGGUGGCGGUCUGUUUCUUCAUUUUGGGCCUGGGAACGCUGCUACCAUGGAACUUCUUCAUGACGGCCUCGAUGUAUUUCCAGCAACGCUUAAACACAACAGAAUGGAACAACGGCACAGUCAGUGUCGGCAAAGAGUACUACUUCAACAACUGGAUGACCUUGCUGUCCCAGCUGCCCCUGCUGCUCUUCACCCUCCUCAACUCCAUCCUCUACCAGAGGAUAUCGGAGAGGAUGCGGAUCGGGGGCAGCCUCGUUUUCAUCCUGCUGCUCUUCCUCCUCACAGCAGUGCUGGUCAAAGUGCCCAUCGAAGACAAAGACAGCUUCUUCUCGAUCACCAUGGCUACAAUCUGGUUCAUCAACUCGUUCGGUGCCGUGCUGCAGGGCAGUCUGUUUGGCCUGGUGGGCCUGCUGCCGCAGAAGUACAGCACCAUCUUCAUGAGCGGCCAGGGGCUCGCUGGAACCUUCGCUGCCAUCGCUCUGCUGCUCGCCACUGCCAGCGACACAGACUUUGAAACGGCAGCUUUGGGCUAUUUCAUCACACCGUGUGUGGGGACGGUGGCCACACUCUUUAGUUACAUGCUUCUACCUCGCCUGGAGUUUGCGCAGUUUUAUCUGAAAAACGGCGGCAAGUACGAAGCGGUCACCACGGACGAGCUGCUGAAAGAGAGCGGCACCGCGGAGAACGGGAAGGUUAACGGUCACGCACACGACGCGGCCAACAGCAGUCCAGCUGAGGCCAAGAUGGAGUCUACUACAGAUGGGACCAAGCAGGCCUUCCUGGCACUGGAGCAGGUGGAGAAGAAACAAGCCAAAGCCUCAAUCGUAGAGGUUUUCAGAAAGAUCUGGGUGAUGGCGUUCUGCGUCACGUUUCUGUUCACCGUCACUCUGUCCGUGUUCCCCGCCGUCACCGUAGACGUCAGGACAUCUUUUCCAGGAAAUUGGGAGCGCUACUUUCUGGCCGUGUGCUGCUUCUUAACGUUCAACCUCAACGACUGGAUCGGUCGCUCCAUCACCACCUUCUUACGCUGGCCUCGCAAAGAGUCUCUUCUGUUCCCGAUGCUGGUCGUCUCUCGGAUUGUGUUCAUCCCUCUGCUGAUGCUCUGCAACGUCCAGUCUCGCUCGUACCUGCCCGUCUACUUCUCCCACGACGGGGUCUUCACCGCCAUCAUGUCCUUAUUCUCCGUGUCCAGUGGCUACUUUGUGUGCCUUUCCAUGUCUUACGCACCACAGUUGGUGGAGCCCAAAGACGCGGAGACUGCAGGAGCACUGAUGACCUUCUUCUUGGCCCUGGGUCUGUCGUUAGGAGCCGCGCUGUCCUUCCCUCUGAGGGCGCUGGUCUAGACAGACACACACAGGUGGAGGUGACAUGUUUUGUCGUCAGUCAAUCCUCCCUGGAUCAUCUUCUCUUGUCUUGUCUUGUGUGUUUUGUAUUUGUUUUUCACGACAUCACAUCUCCACAGUUUAUGAAGCGUUCAUUUCCUUUUUCUUUUUUGCCACACGUGACGGGACUCCCUUCAGAUGUAGGAAUAAAGGGGGGGGAACGUGUAUUAACUUGCAGUAAGUGUUGUUUAUGUUACUGCUGAAGAAGAAGUUGAACAACAUUAGGAUUUUCUCUCAUAGGACAUUUUCCUUUAGGGCAUUAUGUGUGUAUAAAUAUAUGAAUGAACGCUGAUCACAUAGAUUAAAAAUAAAAGGGAAAACGCACACGUAUAGAGCGAUUGGCAUUCGUCACCGAAGUCGUACAGGUAGUGAGCUUGGUAUCGGUACUUUUGCACCUUAGUAUCGUACCCAAUACUAAUUUUUAGUAUUGAUUUUUAUUUGAGUAUCGACUUUUUAUUUGACAACCCUGUCGCUAACGGAAUAUAGCUCUAGAAUUGACUGUUUUUUUUUUAAACUGCCUCGUGGGUAUGCAUGUAAAAACAAGAACCUGGGCCACGCUGGGUGUUUGCUUUUUCCAUUUCAUCAUCCAGGUUUGUUUGCGGAUUAGAGCAGAGGGUAAAUAUUUGCAGUAUUUUGUGCAUCUCUUCAAUCUUUUACUCUGGAUUUUCUUUGUUGUGUGAAAUACAUUUGCUUGAAGUGCAAGAAGCACAGCUUCACAGUGCGACUUAUUUAUAGCCAUCUUCAAAGACAGCUCAACAUGAGACGCGGCAGAUCGGCGACCUGAUCGCCGUGGUGCAUGCACACAUCCAGUUUAACCUGGGUUUAAAAUAGCUGACAGGUACACACAGACUAAAGACGCAAAAAAUAAGUGUUUGGGCAGAAAAAAUGAUGCAGACUGCCAGAAAAACAUUUUUUCAGACUGGUCUUGAAAAUCUGCUUUCCCAAAUCUGAUUUAUAACACGUGAAGGUAAAUUAACAGGCAGUUUAAACGCAUGGUAUAUAAUUCCUGCCUCAACGUGAACAACAACAAAAGACCUAGUACAGUGGUCUGCAACCUAUUGUUUUUUUGUUUUGUUUUUUUAUGGACCAAGGCGAUAACUGAAAAGUGGUUUAGUAUGUGCUUGAAAAGACCUUAAAAAAAGUCAGGAAAUAGAGACACACAAUAAACUCAUAAACUUACAUCAGGCGACCCCUGGUGGAUAACUGCUGCAUGUGUGCCAUUAACACCCAGACCACUUUCUUGCCCUCAAAAACUUGCAGCGCCACUUUACACAGUGAGAGCUGUAGGUCAGUGCUGCCACCUGCUCGUCAGAAACUAGAUGCUGUUACUUGAAAGCCAUUAAAAACAACUGAACUUGGGUGUAAAUAUUAAAAAAUAACUAGUGAUUAAAAAAACUAAGAAAAACACGUGUUUAAUUAUUGUAUAGAUAUUUAUAGCGGCCAUUAUUUAACUCUAGAUUUUAUUUUUAUGUCGCUACCGGUGUGCUUUUCCUCCUGGAAGAAUUGUUUUAUAUUUUCCUCAUAGUAGUGCUUCAUGUGUUUUAGGAAUUAAUGGUCAUUAAUUCACUUUUUUUCUUCUUAAAUAAGAUAAUAAGCCUUGAUUUUUUUUUUUACAGCUUUUGUGUUUUUUAUUUUACUGACAUAAAUGAAGAGUGUGUGAGGAAGUCGAUGGAAAACAUUUUGCUGCUUUAAUAAUGAACCAAGGGCUGAGUCCAAAUGGACGAAUAGAGAAACUUUUUCUAUUCUAGAAUUUGUUUUUCCAUUUUAUAUUAGGUCGAUGGUGUUUGAAAGAAGGAGGGAAGUUGAAAAGUACCUCAUCACUAACAUCAUGUAUCAUGUUUUUAAUGUCAAAUUCUGUGUCAACUGUGAAACAAAUGUAAUAAUAAUUCACACUUCAGAAUUUUGGUAAUUUUCCAUUUUCCUUUGGAUUUCUCACUGUUUUCAUUGUCAUUACUGAUUCAUCUGUCUUUGUGUGAUUGUGUGAUCAAUCAAUUUGUUGUUUUGUCUAAGAAACUACAAAAUGCCGACGUCCUCAAAUGUCUUGUUCUUAAAAUGUAUGCGUUUGUUUUCACGAUAUGAAUUUUAACAAAAAAAACAUCCUGUUGCAAAUUUUCUGGGAAACAAUUGUGAUAUUUAUGGGUUUUUUAAAGCUCAAGUUUCGAAGCUCAGUAUUGCCGUGUUACACAUUUAAAUAAUAAACAUAUAAACACUUGUUUUAAAUUGCUAAAAAAAAAAAAAAAAUUGUUCAGCCCUGAUAAAAAAAUAAAUAAGAAACUGAAUUGUCAAAAGAAAAUUGCCGCCACGAUAGUUUGUUGCCUUUGAAAAGAGCAAAGAAAAAAACUGAAAAUACUAAUUAAUCAAGACAUUUUUUGUUGCAGUAAUGGCUAUUGCUGUGGACAGUGUCAUAUUCAGCCUAAGCAAUAAUAAUAAUGUUUGUGUCUUGUUAAAUUAACCGUAAACUCAGCUGCUGCCGGCGAUGUUGUAAUUAGUCUGUGCUCGUUGCUUAUUACUGAUGUUAGAGCAGAAAAAAAAAAAACAACAACUCGAUAUAAAGUCAGUGUCAACAAAUGUUCUCGUUGUUGUGUUUUUCUUCUAAAUGUCGGUGAAUCCAGAGCGACGACACGACACGCAGCUCGUCGUCUGUGCAGUGCAGUGCAGUGUAGACCGUCACGUUACGGGUUACACAUAAAAAGGGAUUUCAUGCAAGCCUGUUGGUUAUGUAAGUUGUUUAGAUUUGGUUGUUAUUAAAUUGGAUGUUAUAAAACCAGA